GAAUUUUCAGUUUCUAAUUCAUUUUUAGAUCUCUAGCUUUUUUACAUGUAGGUCCCAAUUUCUGUUCAUCCAUAAACGGACAAUUUUCCAGGGAAAUUUGUCAUUUCUUGCGUUUUUUUUUCUCCUUCUCUGAUUUUGAUAGCAUUGGAUUUUGGUUUCAUUCUCUCUCGUUUCUGUGAGAGGAAAGAUGUUUCCGAUUCUGGAUUUCCUCUCUGAAACUACCUUAUUAAUUUUAUUUUCUUGAGAUUUGUUUUUUUUUUAAAUUUCUUGGAAGUUGGUAUUAUUUCUUAUUGUCUUGGAAUUUGAAACUAUCUUGUCAUGGAAGAAAGUGGUGGUGUUGGUCGUCGGAGACUCUCACUUUUGGACCAAAUGUCAGCAUUUGAGAACCGCAGAGGCCUUGCCGGCUUGAGCCUGGACGAUGUGUUGGCCGCUGAAAAAGAGCCAGCAGUGGCGGUUUCUCAUACGUCGGCUCAGGUGAACAGAACUCUUUUGGAUAUAAUCCGCGACGACGAGAAUCAUGGUCCUUUGUUUGGUUCCAAGGACAGGAAGAGCUGGAAAGUCUUCAGAGACCGCCUUCGCCUUAAGCGCACCGGUUCUGCUUGGGUCUCCACCAUCCCGACUCCAGCCUCCGAUAUUCCUAUCCGCAAUAACCACCAUAGUUCCGGCAAUCCCAGAUCCUUCAUGACCCGCCACAAUUCGGGGCGUAUGUCAAACAUUUCUUCCAACUCCGGCGACUCUACUCACCCGGAGGACUCCAACGAUAAUCCGGCCGUUCCGAGUUUCGGACCUCAAAUGUCUCGCCGGUCAUCCGGCCGGUUCAGUUCAUUGACACCAUCCGAGUCUGGACGGCAUGUUAUAAACGCUUACGCUGCGGCAGAUGAGGCUUCGUCACGGAGUUUCAUGUCCCAAAUGUCGCGGCCGAAUUCAAUUGGGACCUCCGAUUCGUUCCUAGACGGAGGAGAAGAGCUAGGGCGUGAAGGUAGCCGCCGACUGGGAGCGGCAUUGGCGGAGGAAAGAGCAAUAUCAGCGAGGGAGGCAGUAGUGGCGCAGCAAGCGGCAGAAGCCGCGGCAGCAGCUCAAGCAGCUGGUGAAGCUGCUACGGCGGAGGAAGAGGAAGAGGAGGAAGGUAGUGAUCCGGCAGGCGGAGGGGCAGCGGAGCCAGUAAGGAUGUCGUUAAUGGACUUAUUGGAGACAGAGGGGUCCAGGUACAUAACGGGAGAGGGAGAGGAAUAUGAGGAAGAAGAAGAGGAAGAUGAAGAAGAUACCCGUGCCGGCGGCGACGGGAUAGAGCACACAUGCUGCGUGUGCAUGGUAAGGCAUAAAGGUGCAGCAUUUAUCCCCUGCGGCCACACCUUUUGCAGGCUAUGUUCAAGAGAGCUCUGGGUCCAAAGGGGUAAUUGCCCUCUAUGCAAUGGGUUCAUCUUGGAAAUUCUUGAUAUUUUUUAGUUUUUCUUUUCCUUUUAAUUUCCACUUUUAUUUUACAAUCACAAGAGAUUUCAAAUUUGUGUAAGCAUCCUUUCUCUUCUCUCUCUUUCUCUCCCUGUGUUGUGUUUCUUUCUAUUUUGGAAUGCUAGUGGCUUGUUUGGAAGUGGUAAAAUUAAGAAAUUAAAUUAAUUCCC